AUGAACCCAAAGACCCUUCUCCCCAGAUGGGAGUGCCUUCCUCUUCGUGUUUGUCUCGUCUGUACAUUGUGUGCUCACAGUGGAAACAGGGGCCUGCCUGCCACCCUCUCUUUCAGGGUCCUGCGUGCCCUCUGUGACUCCCCAUGUCCUGAUGCUUCACCCUGUGGCCCUUCAAGUUUACCUUUCAAACAUUCACAGCUGUCACAGCUUUCAUCACGAAGGAACAUAAUCUGUCAGAAAAUUGUGUCCACUUUAGAAGAAUUUGUCAAAUGUAACCACGUUGAUGUUCCAAUAAUGUAUAUGUACAACUUAAUAAGUUCUGGUGAGCCAGAAUUUGGUAGAUAUUUCUUGUAUAUGUUUGAAGCGGUUGGUUGA